UUUCCGGAAGAAAAACGUGUAAUCCAUGAUGCAGUACAUAAACGCUUCCCUUUCUUGACAUAUACUAAUUCUAAUGCGUGGUAUCGAGAUGUUUUUAAAUAUACCGAUUCAGAAGCUAAAUGUCCAAUAUGUAAAGAGAAAGUUAUAAUUGCUAAACAGUCACCAGAAACUCAGGUAAAGGUAUCAAGCAAAAUUAGUAACUCACCAAUUCAUCCAAACAAAAAUCGCCUUUAUCAGUAUGCCAUCGAACAUAAAAUAGAUCCCGAGAAAUUCUCAGUUAUUACUGAGGCUGAGAAAAAUAGAUGGGCCGUGGGAUGUUUUCGUGGAGAUUUGGAGAGGGAUAUACGGUUCUAUCGCGGUGGAAUAGAGAGGAAGGAUGAUCCUAGAAAAUAUUGCAAAUUUUUAACAGAUCGGGAGAGGCUGGUUAGUGAAGAGUUAUUACGUUGUAGUAUAUUAAAGAGUGGUUUAAGUACUGCAUAG